AUGUUAGACUUCAAUGAGUUCCUGGAGAUCAUGACCGCGAAGAUGAGCGAGAAGGAUUCCAAGGAGCAGAUCCUGAAAGCCUUUCAGCUCUUCAAGGGGCCUAGUGGCAAGAUAUCGUUCGAGGAUUUGAAGGCUGUUGCUCGUGAGCUUGGCGAAACUAUGUCAGACGAAGAGCUUCAGGAAAUGAUCCGUGAGGCUGACAAGGACGACGAUGGAGAAGUGAGCGAGGACGAGUUUAUGCGGAUAAUUCGUAGAUCGACCCUCUGA